AGCUCCCGGAGCCGCUCAGCCUGGCGCCCGCGCCCCGCGCCCGCAGCCCGCCCAGGCGGAGUCAGCCCGCGCUCCGCCCGCCGCGCUUCGGGCUCGGAGGUCCGGACUCCGGGCUCGCCGCCUGCCGGGCCGGCUCCGCGCCCCGCACUCCCGCGCGCCGCGCCCCCGCGGGCGGAGCGCACCAUGCCGCAGCUGGACUCGGGCGGGGGCGGCGCGGGCGGGGGCGACGACCUCGGCGCGCCUGACGAGCUGCUGGCCUUCCAGGACGAGGGCGAGGAGCAGGACGACAAGAGCCGCGACAGCGCCGCGGGCCCCGAGCGCGACCUGGCCGAGCUCAAGUCGUCGCUGGUCAAUGAGUCCGAGGGCGCGGCGGGCGGCGCGGGGGUCCCUGGGGCCGGUGCCGGGGCCCGCGGCGAGGCGGAGGUCGGGGCCGAGGCUCUCGGGCGGGAACACGCGUCGCAGAGACUUUUCCCCGACAAACUUCCAGAGUCUCUGGAAGACGGCCUGAAGGCCCCGGAGUGCGCCAGCGGCAUGUACAAAGACACCGUCUACUCGGCCUUCAAUCUGCUUAUGCACUACCCACCCCCUUCGGGAGCAGGGCAGCACCCCCAGCCGCAGCCCCCACUGCACAACAAGGCCAGUCAGCCAGCCCACAGCGUCCCACAGCUCUCUCCUCUCUAUGAACAUUUCAGCAGCCCACACCCUACACCUGCACCAGCCGACAUCAGCCAGAAGCAAGGAGUUCACAGGCCUCUGCAGACCCCUGACCUCUCUGGCUUCUACUCUCUGACCUCAGGCAGCAUGGGACAGCUUCCCCACACUGUGAGCUGGUUCACCCACCCAUCCCUGAUGCUAGGCUCUGGUGUGCCUGGUCACCCUGCAGCCAUCCCCCACCCGGCUAUCGUACCUCCCUCAGGCAAGCAGGAGCUGCAGCCAUAUGACCGUAGCCUGAAGACACAGGCAGAGUCCAAGGCAGAGAAAGAGGCCAAGAAGCCAACCAUCAAGAAGCCACUCAACGCCUUCAUGCUGUACAUGAAGGAGAUGAGAGCCAAGGUCAUUGCAGAGUGUACACUCAAGGAGAGUGCUGCCAUCAACCAGAUCCUGGGCCGCAGGUGGCACGCGCUGUCUCGGGAAGAGCAGGCCAAGUAUUAUGAGCUGGCCCGAAAAGAGAGGCAGCUGCACAUGCAGCUCUACCCAGGCUGGUCGGCGCGGGACAACUAUGGGAAGAAAAAGAGGCGGUCACGAGAAAAGCACCAGGAGUCCAACACAGACCCUGGCUCGCCUAAGAAAUGCCGUGCUCGCUUUGGCCUCAACCAGCAGACGGAUUGGUGUGGUCCGUGCAGGAGGAAAAAGAAAUGCAUUCGGUACUUACCCGGAGAAGGCCGCUGCCCCAGCCCAGUUCCUUCCGAUGACAGUGCUCUAGGCUGCCCCGGGUCCCCAGCCCCCCAGGACUCGCCCUCAUACCUCCUGCUACCCCACUUUCCCACAGAACUGCUUGCUAGCCCUGCGGAGCGGCGCCUACAUCACCAGGUCUCUCGGCCGCUCUCAGCCUCCCAGCCCCCUGGACCCAACAGGCCCCCCACAGCGUCCUGCAGAGUACACAGCUGCAACGACAGGAAUCUCAGAGACAGGCAGCCUAGCAUGUACAGGACACCUGGCCGCCUCCAGGGGCUCAUCCUCUGAGAGGAAGCGACAGAGCCCCAAAGCACGUGGGAACUGGCCAGGGGCCCUGUUACCUCCCUCUCAGGGACCGGGCCCAGGAGACUUCCGAGGCUGCACAAGUUCUGCCUGAACCCGGGGCCAUCAGUUCAAACUACGCCAAAUGGUGGGAAUCAGAUCUGCAUUGUGUCAUCUAAUUAAGGGCAUCCCUUGUGCCUACAGCA